CUCCAAUUGUGACAGAAAUUAUCCAGUUCGCGCGCUAGAUAAGUAAACAGAAAAUGCCGAGGAAAAGAAAUGCCAAUGGUGAUGGAGAUGCCACACCAGUCAAGAAGAAAAAAGUGGAGGAGGUCAGCCUGGCAUUUCGCUGGGAAUAUGAAGGUGACAAGAGGACCUGGACACAGUACAGUAGUGCCAUUGAUAGCUCUUUGACAGAUGCUUACAACACUAAAAAGAAGCAGGUUGAUUUUGAACUGAGUAAUGGAAUCAAGAUGGCUGUUAACUUUGAAAAGAAUGUGCAGAAAAAUAAGAAAACGGGCUGGGAAAGACCUAUCCGAAUAGCUGUGAAAGAUGAUUCUGAUACUUUGUACUAUGUGUGGCAGUGGGAAGACGAGAAAGGAAACAUGAAUCCUUACGGUGUGAAGAAUACACUUGAGCUCGAGACUGCUCAUAAACAAAUGAAAGAUAGUAUAACAAUAGAGGCAUGUAGCAGAUCAUACAGUGUAGAUAUACAGAAUAUGGAACAGAAAAAUACUGUCACUGAUGUCACAAGGAAAGUCUUUAGAGAAGAGUCAAAUGCAAUAAAAGCAGAUCCUGGUGCCCCUGAGCCAGUUGCUACAACUUCUAGUGCCGACACUCCUAAGAAGGCUACAAAAGGAUCAACUGGAGCAGGUAAAUCAGGUGGGAAAGUGAAAGACGAGCCUGACGAUGAAGUAGAAACGAAAGCAGCAAAAUCUGGUGGCGGAAAAUCUGGCAGUAAAACGAAAUCUGGAGCGAAAGAGAGGCCUGCGGUGAAGUCGAUUGUGUUGUCUGGUAAGGCACCUGUUGAUGCAGAGUGUACUUCAUUGGUUGGGAAAGCUCAUGUCUAUUAUGAGGGGAAAGAUGUGUAUGAUUGUAUGUUGAAUCAGACAAAUGUCUCGAACAACAACAACAAGUAUUUCAUCAUACAGCUCUUGGAAGCAGACGACAAGAAGAUGUAUUACACAUGGUUCAGGUGGGGUAGAGUUGGCUAUUCGGGCAGUAACAAUCUUAUACCAUGUGGUGUGAGCCUUGACGCUGCCAAAAAACACUUCUUUAAAAAGUUUAAAGAUAAGACACUAAAUGACUGGGCCAAUAGGAAACAUUUUGUGAAGCACCAGGGUAAAUAUGACCAGCUUGAAAUGGACUAUGGUGUAAAGGAUGCAGUUGAUGCACCAGAAUUAAAAAAGAAGAAAAGUGAAGGAAAAGUUCCUGAUUCCAAACUUGACAAACGGUUACAGUCACUGGUAGAUUUGAUCUGUGAUGUAAAAUCAAUGGAAGAAGCUGUCAUGGAAAUGCAGUAUGAUGCCAAGAAAGCUCCUCUAGGUAAACUAACGGCUGACCAGAUAAAGGCUGGGUACAAGGCAUUGAAGAAGAUAGAUGCAUGCAUAGAGAAGAAAGAUUUUGGUUCAACAUUAAACAACGCCUGUGAUGAGUUUUAUACUAGAAUACCUCAUGACUUUGGUAUGAAACCCCCUACAAAGAUAAAUACUAAAGAACAAGUAAAACAAAAAAUAGCUUUGUUAGAGGCACUUGUUGACAUUGAGAUUGCAAUUAAGAUGUUGAAGGAAGGAGAUUACUCUGAGAAUCCUGUAGAUCGCCAUUAUCACUCAUUAAAAUGCGAUAUAGAACCAUUAGAUCACAAGUCAGAGGAAUUUAAGCUUGUGGAGACAUACCUACAAAAUACUCAUGCUAAGACACAUAAUCAGUACAAAAUGAAACUCGUCGAAGUAUUUGAUGUGUCCAAACACGGUGAAAAAGAACACUUUAAUGAUGUCGGAAACAGGCUUUUGUUAUGGCAUGGUUCACGACUUACAAACUGGGCAGGAAUAUUGAGUCAAGGCCUCCGUAUUGCUCCACCAGAGGCCCCUGUCACAGGUUAUAUGUUUGGAAAGGGAGUGUAUUUUGCUGACAUGUCAAGUAAAAGUGCCAAUUACUGUUUUGCAACAAGAGCCAAGAAUACUGGAUUAAUGUUGCUUUGUGAUGUUGCCCUUGGAAACACGAAUGAUCUCUUGGCUGCUGACUACAAAGCUAAUAAACUUCCAGCAGGUAAACACAGUGUAAAAGGAGCUGGCAAAAUAGCCCCUGAUCCAAGUCAUGUCACUAAAACACCGGAUGGAGCAGUUGUGCCCUGGGGUAAGGCCAAAGAUACAGGAGUUACCAACCCUAAAGGUUACACAUUGAACUAUAACGAGUUUAUAGUCUAUGAUACCAGGCAGAUUAAGAUGAAAUAUCUUCUUAAAAUAGACUUCAAAUUCUAAAU